CACACAGAUACAUACAUACACACACAAAUACCUUUGCAUACAUACACACACAGAUGCAUACAUAAACAUACAUAUAGACACAAAUACAUACUAUAUAUAUAUGUGUGUGUGUGUGUGUGUGUGUCAUCAGUGGAUCAUAUAUCCGAAAAAAAAGCACAGACGCAUAUACAUGCAUACACACAUAGACACUGAUAGAUACAUACAUACACUUACAUACACAUUGACGCGCGUAUAUAUAUAGACACACAAAUACAUUCGUAUGCAAUGACACACAGAUACAUACACACAUAUACUUACACACACACACACACACACACACACACACACACAUACACCAAUAUAUGCGCGGAACUUCGAUUUGAACAUGAAAGCUUUGUCCGGAGUUGAUAAAAUAAAGACCAAUAAUAUACUGAGGUUGAAAUAAUUAAAUAUACUCAUUCCACCUUACCCAUUUUAUUUGGAGAGAUUUAUUAAUUGGUACACCAGUGAAAGUCUUUUAUAACUGCCACAAGUAAAAGAAACAAAAUACAUCAAAGUAAAGAAAUAUUCAUCAGAGAAAAUAAUGGAUAUUUGUGUGAAAAACGUAUUUUCAGUCAAAACUAGAGACUACGAAAAAUGUUUCGAAUUGCAACCUUCACUGAAUUUUGACCAGAAUUUUCCACUGUUAGACAUGCCAGAUGAAUUACUUAACAAUGAGAAUAAAAACUCGUUAGAUGCUUUUGAAAACCCUGCUGUUGAGUAUUCAGGAAAUAAUUCUCAUAUUCCAUCCAAGAGAUCAUGUUCCUCCAAAGAAUUUGAUCUCAGUUUCCAAAGAUCUUUUGUGUCUGCUCGUCAGUUAAGCCAGUCAGUCAAUGAUUCCGUGAAAUCUGAAGUUGUACAGAGAGAAAAUAUAAGUGGGGAAGAUUUUGUUGUUCCAACUUGUAACCUAAAUGAAAAUCUGUAUGGAGAUCUAGAUGGUGAGUCAUUGAAAGAUAAUGACAGGUCCAGCAACCAGUCUUCAGUUGAGGCUGGAAAUCUUUCUGAGAGUAAUUACAAGUCUGUUGAAAAUAUUGAAAGUAAUAAAAAACACCAAAUAAAAUCAGAAAAGAUAAAACCAAUGUUUGGUAAUCAAACAAAAAAGAUUCUUAAGCUCAAAGAUAAUAAUAAAUCAUCCAAAAAUAGUGGCAAUAUUGAAGAAAUAAAUGGUAAACAAGUAGCAAAAACCAAUACUGCAAGUCCGCUUAGUAAUAAAUCUUCUCUAAAAGAGAACUCUGGAGACAAUCAGGAUAAACUUCACUGCAAAGCUAAAAGCCAUGUUAUUCAUAAAACAAGCUCUCUGCAGAUGCCAAGCAAGAAUAAAAACCAAAAUCCUUCUAAGAAAAGCAAAUCUUCUAAAUCUAAACAAGAAAACAAUGGAUCUUGUAAGAAUGUUUGUGAAGUUCCAAAUUUUGAACAGUCUAAUAAUAAUAAUAGUAAUAAUUUUGCAUCUGGCAAUUUGAAAGAAAAUGAAGAAAGUGAAAAUGACAGUGUUUCUAAUAAGGUAAAAGAAAAAAAUUCUAAAAAAGUUCCACCUCUUAAAAUCUCUGCUAUAAAUUCUGAGAUUCAUGGAAAUUUUCCAAAAUUUAAAUCUGAUUUAACAGAGAAAUAUGUGAAAGAAAAUAAGAAACAAAAAAGAAUGAAGUCUAAGAAUACAUCUUCAAACAGUUCUAAUGAUACACCAGCUUCUUCUGAUGUUAGAAAAACCUUUUCGAUGGUUGUCAGUGAGCAAAUUGCUGAGUCUAAUAGUAAUAUGAUUACAGAAAGGGAGACAGUUAUUAAAAAGCUUGAAAAUUAUAAGAUUCCAUUGAAGUCUAAAACAGCUGACAAGAAAAAAACUGAGAGAAAGGAUGAAAAAGAGAAUAAUGGAAAUAUAUCUAAUGAGAAAGGUCCGGCUAUUGUGUCACCUACAUUUGCUGACAUGAAUAGUAUGAAUAAGCCAAGCAAAGAUGACUCUGUUGACACAGAUGAUGAAGAUAGCAUUUCAGAUCUUUUCCAGAAAGAAAAUAUUUAUGAAACUUUGGAAAAUAUUAACAACUCAAAACAGAAUGAACAGAUAUCGAUUGCAAGAAAGAUUGGUCUUCCUACAAGUGAUUCUGAAAACAGUGUUGCUAUUGAAAAACCAGUCAAAAGUAAACCUAAACUGAAAUCUAAAUCUGACAAACACGAUAAAAAUAAAUCAAAGUCAAUAAAGCACAAGGAAAAAGAUUCAGCAUCUAAUAAAACACUUCAUCUUAAACAGAGUACUCAUCAGUCUCCAGACUCAUCAGCUAAAAAGAUAUCAUCAAAAAAAAUUAAACAUUCAUCUAAGGCAACUGAAGGCAUUUCUUGCAAAAAGUCCAAAGCUCCUGAUAUAUUUGAUAAAAAGCAGGUUAAAGACAGCACUUUGGCUGUUUCUAAAAAGAAAAGAACACAUAUUGACAAAAACACUGAAAACAUCAAGCUCAAAAAAGCAGAUUUUAAAACAAAGUCUUUUAAGAAAAAUAGAUCCAUUCCUCAUAAAUCUAAAGUACCUUGCAAGAAAAAGUGCAUGCAGGCAAGAAGUAUAUAUGAAUCUGAUACUACUCAAAAUGACUGUUCCAUACCAGAGAUAGACUAUUGUGAUGAAGAAUUUAUUUUUACCCGUUACACAGAAGGUUCACUUGUGUGGGCAAGAGUGGAAGGUUAUCCUUGGUGGCCCGCAAUGGUUGAAAUAGAUCCUGAUUACACAUCAUACUUUGAAUUUGAAGAAGAAGAUAGUAUGUAUCCUGCCUCUUAUCAUGUAGUGUUCUUUGGUAAAAAAGUUUCCCGAGCCUGGGUUCCCUUAGCCUGUAUAAAGCCCUUUGAGAAAGGUCACAGUCCUCCAGCAUCUUAUGAAAAUGUUAAAUACUCCCUGACUGAUCAGAGAACUGAAGCAAUAAAAUCAGCAAAUGAAGCUAAUGAGUUUGAUCUGAAAACAAGGCUGAACAUAUACAGCUUCAGUAAACGUUUUUCUGGUUCCUGGGGUAAUUGCGAUUGCGAAGAUUGUGAUAAAAAUGAAACAAUGGAUUUAUCAGACAGUUGCUGAAUUAGUAUUUUGUGUUUGUAUUUCUGUUUUUCAGUUAAAACCGUUUAUUUUUUUAAUGGACAUUUCUAUUUUCUUGUCUUUUUAUCACCUCCAUUUCACCAUUCCAUAUCUCAACACAGAAAUGAGUUUCUCAUAUUUCAUAAACUACGUUGCAUUUGUUUAUCUCUGUUUUUCUUUCAUUUCAUUUUUCUUAUCUUGUUUUUGUCUCCUCCUCUAUUUGAACAGACAAUAUUUCAUGUUAAUAUUUAUAUGAAUAUAUAUAUUUUUAGUAAAAAAUAAUAAACAAUAAACACUGGAA